AUGGAUUUCUUACCUGCGAUUCUGAUCCUUUCUUCUCUCUUAUGCUCAGGUAAGAAACCUACAGGAUGUUUCAAACUGAAGAAAAUAUUUUAAUUUUUUUAACCACAUUUCUGCAAAUCCUGAUGAUAUCUGCUGAUUUUGGUAGAAAAACGAUAUUUCUCAUGGAGAAACAGAGUCCUAUGUUUAUAACAUUUCUUGCUGUAAGGGCAGUUUUCAUGAGUCUGGUCCUCCCCAAGGUUUCUGCUUGUUCAAAGGAAGUUUUUCCUUGUCACUGUCACUCAUGUUAGAUGAGAUGGGUCAAAUCUGUCCCAUCUUAAGGUUGAGUCUUGGUAAUUCAUCAAAUAAUGAACGUGGUCUAAACCUGCUCUCUUUUUGGAAAGUGUCUUGGAAAAAUGACAGUUGUGAUUUGGUGCAAUUUGAUUGAUUGAUUUUCUGAUUACUCCAAAUAUUCCGUGGACCCACUGACACCUGUUUUCAUUAAGACUGCUUUCUGUUAAAAAAUAUCCCUGUUUGGUUACACUUUCUGAGCAUUAUCCAGAGUAAUAAGGUCAUCCACUUCUGUGAAAGCACCAGCAGCAUCAGAGAACUCUUAAACAAGGGCAAGUCAACACAAAACAAUCUGCAUGACUGACCAUUUUUGAAAUUUAGGUAAUGCAACCCUCUAAUACAGUCAUUUUGAGUAAAAUGAUUAAGUGGAUGUCUCUGUUUUAUGCACUUCUCUUACAGUUUGAAUAUUUCUUAUGUGCUUUAUCUUCAUUUUGCUUGUGUUCAUCUUGUGUAUUUACUUUAGUUAUUUGCUUUGAGGUCAGUGUUCGUUUACUCAGUAUUUUACCCAGACCUGUCUAAAGGUUCACUGAGUUGCACUCUGGCUGUGUGUCUGCAGUGUCUAGUCAGGCUCCUGUGGUCUCAGUGGAGCCCCGCUCAGCAACAGUGCGCCAAGGGGAGUCAGUCAGCUUCAGGUGCCAAGUGGGGAGAGGAGCACAGCCAAUCCAGAUUGAGUGGAAAAGAGCCAAUAACCAAGCUUUACAAGGUCAGGAUUAAAAAAAAAACAUGACAUUGUUUAAACAUGAUCAUCUGUAAACUAUCACUUCGAUUAUUUUUCUUUUCUUUCCAGACAAUGUGAAGAUUGGUCCUGGAGGCACUGUGCUGACAGUUGUGAACUCUCGUCCUGGAAAUCAGGGCUCAUACCGCUGUGUGGCCAGUAAUUCUGCAGGCCGUAGCAGCGCCACAGCUGUGCUGAAUGUCAAAUGUGAGCUCAUUGUCAAGAUUCAGACAAAUAUGAGAUUCCCCUGACGGGAUAUUUUAUCUCUCCUGCUUUUAAAUUUGAAAAUUUAAACUCAACAAUGACACAAGAAAUUGUCCACUAACAGUUUAGCCUCUUUUGCACUAUUAGCUUAUAAGUUAUCCCAGGUCUGUCAGCAAAUUUAUUCUCAGGAGUCAUCUGUCAUGUGUUUGCUUCAAUCAAAAGGCUUUAAAAACCUACCUUACCCUACACCUUUAACACUAGAACCGCCAAAAUUCCAAUCCCCCUAGAACUGCUGAGGGCGUCAUUUUGACCCCCUAGCUCCAAUAGCAUCAGUGAUGCUACAAUGACAUUUCUAGAAGGUGUCAGGUGAUGUGUUCUCAUCUAUUUUUAAAUAAUGAUGGAAACUUGGCAGAAUAAGUGUUGAAAAUAUAUUUGUUUUUUUAAGCAAAUAAAUAAUCAUUUUAAUCAAAAAGGUAAAAUAGAUUUUCAAAUUCAACAAACUGUAGGAACUGUUUGACAAUUAAUGUAAUAAUCAAAUAAUAUAUUUACAACAACAGAAUAACAGAUUUCUCUAUAAUAAUAAUAAUAAUAAUAAUAAUUUAAGAAGAACAUAAAAAAUGGCCUGACGCUACGCUCUUUUGCCCACACAUUUUUACAUUCAUGAACAAGCUGUAGGAACUGUUCAACAAACAAAGAAAUGAUCAAAUAACAAUGUAUUUGCAAUAACAAAACAACCUAUUUCUCUAUAAUAAUAACAGCAAUAAUAAUAAUAAUAAACUGUGCAUAAAGUGAUGGCCGUGUACAGUGUUUUAUAUGAGGGGGCAAAAAUGUCUCCUUGGCAGUUCUAGGUAUAAAUGGUCAUUUAAGUUUUAAUUUUUAUCACACACACCAAAAUUCACUUAAUGAUUAAUAAAUCCAUUUUAGGAAAAGUCAUUAACUUUAAGAUGGUAGGGGUUUUAUUUUAACAAAAGUACAAGCAUUUGUCUCCUCUUUUAGAUGCUCCAAAGGUGCGGCUGACACCAGCAGGACCCAUGCGGGUCAGGAUCGGUGAACCUGUGUCUAUCGAGUGUCGUGCAGCAGGCAGGCCACGCCCCAAAAUGACCUGGAAACGGCAGGGCUCCACCCUACAGUAUGUCACUCAGGAGAUAAAUGAUGUCAACACAAUACAGGUACAACAUGAGCACAGGCCUGUGACAUAACAUUUGAUCUGUGUGUGUUUUUCUUUAUUUCAAACUGACUACCGUUUCCUUGCUCAGUGGGCUGUAAUACACCCAGAGGACUCAGGGGUUUAUAUCUGCCAGGGUGAAAACACCGAGGGGGUGACCGAGGUCAAAAUCGAUUUGAUUGUGGAGGGGGGACUUGGAGCACCUGUGGCUACAGUGAGCUCUGAGGAAGUAACUGCAGUGGAGGGACACACAGUCAAAAUGUCAUGUGCGGCCACUGGUAGGAUGUUUCAGUGUUUCUGUGAAUGUCUCUCAGUUUUGCUCACAUUAUUUUUCACUUUGUUUUACCCUUUUUGUUUUUCUUACUUUCAGGUUCUCCAACUCCUGUCAUCACCUGGUCCAAGCUGAGAGCACCAUUGCCAUGGAAACACACAGUUGCUGGUGGAGUUUUGACACUGACCAGUGUGGGGCGCCAAGAUUCAGGACAAUACAUCUGUAAUGCAACCAACAUACACGGCUACAGUGAGGCGUACACUCAGAUGGAAGUGGAGAGUGAGUCUUCAUUAGAGAGAAAAAACACACAUACUCAGAAAGAGCCACUCUCUGUGUGUGUCUGCUCAUGAUAAGGGUUAAUAUCGCCUCCUCUCUGCAGGUCCUCCCUACGCCACCUGCCUGCCUGAACAGGUAAAACUCCAGCCCAGAGAUUCCCUGCAGGUUCAGUGCCUGGCCCACGGCUCUCAUCCCAUUCGGUUUGAGUGGAGCCGAGUGGGCCGACCCAGUCUGCCUGCAGGGGCGGAGACCUCAGCGGAUGGAAGGCUGUUUAUAGCUCACAUUAAACAGGGAGACGCCGGCACCUACAAGUGCGUGGCCACCAACCACGUCGGCUCCAGUGAGGCUCAGGUCAAAGUGGUUGUUAAAGGUGAGCUGCUCUUUGUAUUAUGCAGAUAGAUGCCUGAAAGACUUGAUCUCUGCUUACUCCCUAAUGUUCUUCCAUAUCUUACUUGUUUUACAGCCUAG